UCCAGACUCUGUUGGGUCAUUGUAGGGAAUAGAGGUGGAGCAAUAUAGUUAAAAAAUGGGCUGAGACAAACUAAGAGUAGCACCAUACUUGUUUAGAAAUUGCCAUACCACUGGAUGUCUCCUCUGUCAACAUUUCUACAUCUCCCACAUCCACACGAAGACACCAAGGAGAACAGAGAGGAUGGAGAUGGAUGAAGAGGACUACAACUACGACUUUGGGAACUCCAGCUCCAACGACAGUGACGACUACGACGACUACCACUCGGUGUGCGACAAAGCCGCGGUGCGUUCCUUCGGCCGUCUCUUCCUGCCCGUGGUCUAUGGCUUGGCCCUGGUGGUGGGCGUGGCGGGCAACACCCUAGUCGUGGUGGUGUACGCGUCGCCGCGGCGACUGCGGACGCUGACGGACGUGUGCAUCCUGAAUCUCGCUGUCGCUGAUUUACUCCUCCUCUUCACGCUGCCCUUCUGGGCGGCUGAUGCCGUGCACGGCUGGCAGAUCGGCGUGGCCGCCUGCAAGCUCACCUCCUUCCUCUACACCACCAACUUCAGCUGCGGUAUGCUGCUGCUAGCCUGUAUUAGUGUGGACCGAUAUCGGGCACUGGCACACAAUGCUGGAGGCCGGGCUGGGAGUGGCCCACGGGCCAGGAAAAAAUGGAUAUUAGUGUGUGUCGUUGUGUGGACCACAGCUAUUUUCUUGGGCCUGCCUGACAUGGUGUUCUUCACGGUGAAGAACACAUCCCACCGGCAGGCUUGCACAGCCAUCUACCCCAGCAGCUUGGCCCGACCAGCCAAGGCUGCCUUGGAGCUGCUGGAGGUGCUGCUGAGCUUCCUGCUGCCUUUCCUGGUAAUGGUGGUGUGUUACUGCUUGGUGGGCCAGGCGCUGGUUAGGGUCGGAGCCGGGGUGCGCAGGGAAAGGAGGUGGCGGGCCCUGCGGGUGCUGCUGGCCGUGGUGGGGGUGUUCCUGUUCACCCAGCUGCCCUACAACCUGGUGAAGCUGUGGCGGACGCUGGACGUCAUCUACGGCCUGGUGACCGACUGUGACCUCAGUAAAGGUCUGGACCAGGCUCUCCAGGUGACGGAGAGCCUGGCGCUCACACACUGCUGCAUCAACCCAAUGCUCUACACCUUCAUAGGCUCCUCCUUCAGAGGGUACGUCCUCAGGGUCGCCAAGAGCCUAGGACAGCGCCUCGGGGGGAGAAUGCGCGGUGGUCGCCAUGGCAACGAGGAGCCUGCUGUGGAGAUCUCGCUCAAUACACACAAUUCCGGCGGGCACACACACUCACACUCUGUUUCGGAGGACGAGGACACCAGCACCUUCACCAUCUAACAUGUCUAAAAACUCAGAAGUCUUAUCAUGGUAACCAAAAAGGGCUAAUGCACAAACACUUCUACUGGAUUUUCUAGGGGCAAUCUGGGAUUCAAUCAGCAACAAAGCAGUCCAUCAAGCGUAUAUUUUGGGGUUCUGAUUGGGUAACACAGUUGAACUAAGCUCAUGAGGCAUUUAUAAGUUAGAUUCUUCAUGAAUAAUUGGCUAUCAUAAAGUUUCAAGGUCCAAAAAGGAAUGUGUACCAAUCACAGAUCGCCCCUUAAGCAGUUGCCCUAUACCAGUAUUACUAGAAGCCUGUGCUAUACAUAAGUAACUGUUAAGUUAACUUGAUAUCUAGAUGAAUGUCUGUAUUUGUAUCGUUUAGUAAUGUAUUAUUUAGUAUCUAGUCAAUCUUUAGUAUUGUAUAAGCUUUUGUAAAUAAAACAAGUUGUUUUUAUGUAACCCCCCCCCCCAUUAUUUCCCUGUAUAUGACAUCCAUCUGAAAUAAAUCUCAAAAUCAGAAGGAAUGGCUCUCUCAAGCUCAUGUUCUUACAUCUCUCAUCACAUCCUAUUCAAUCUCACACAGCACAUGGCGCCUACAGAUCAGAAGCAUCUGAUUCCAAUGUUUUCUGUGGCUUUGAGAGAGAAGAAAGGCAGGCAGCCUGAUUGAGCAGCGGGUUGCCAGAGAGCUCCACAAAACAAAGAGUGAGAAGUCGACAGGGAGAGGAGAGAGAGGGCUUCCAUCCGGCCAUCACACAGGCAGG